AUGAUGAGACAAAAGAAGAAUCGAGGCUUGGUGCUCCAAGGGCUGGAUCAUGUUAACAAUCAGGUCCAACAAUUGCAGCACUCGAUAGCGGGAAUUGAGAUUCUCAAGGCAGCCAAGUUUUGGAGAGAACAUGACGAGAAUUCUGCUGGGUUCCUGAAGCGGCAGGCUUUGACACGAAAGAAUCAACGUUCAAUCACGGAAUUGAGGGAUCCCACUACUGAUAAACUCUGUCGGGACCAAUAUGGCAUCGCUGCUAUUGCGACCGACUUCUACUCAACUCUCUUUACACCUGAUCCAACUGAUUCCGUUGCUCUUAGUACCUUGAUUCGAUCCAUUCCCGGGCAUCUGAAGAUUCAAGGCGAACAACAGGAAUCACUGAUACUACCUAUUGACAUUGAAGAUCUCCUAGAGGACAGCAAGAAAACCCGCCGGCUAAGCAGCCCUGGCCCAGACGGCUUGCCAUAUGAAAUCCUAUACUUGGUCCUGAAAUUUCCUCUACUGCAUGCUCUCAUCGAAACCAUCUACAAUGAAGCACUACAGAAGGGGAAGUUUCCGAAAUCCUGGAACGAGACUAUCAUGUGUCUCCUAUACAAGAAAGGAGAUCCGGCUCAGAUGAAAAACUAUCGCCCUCUAUCCUUAGCCAAUUCUGACUACAAACUCUUUACUCGCUGUCUCAAUCGUCGCAUCGUGACAACAUCUACCCAGCUUAUCAGCAGACAUCAACUGGGCUUCAUCCCCGGACGGUAUAUUACUGAAAACGGUAUAAUAUGCCAACUAAUUAUGGAGGACGCUCAAAGAAAGUGGACAAUUGCCGAACAAAGGGAACAAUGA